AUGCCGUGUUAUGCAGAUACUAUCGUUAAGAUUUAUUAUGUGAAGCAGAAUGUUAGUUCUAAAGAUCCUAUUUACGAAAGAGAUUCUGAGACUCAAGCCGUUUUUGUGAAAGAUAAUUUCUUUUGCGUUGGUGGUAAAAUUGUGCCUGGCUUUUUUGAAGGAAAGAAAAGAGCUAAGAUGACGGUUUCUACUUCUACUCAUGUGACAAUCCUCAAUAAAGCUGUAUCAUCAAAUAAAUGCCCAUUAAAGGUUUCUUUGGUAGGGAUUCCUCAAGAAAUGCCUAACGAAGUUAACGAUGAUGUCAUUAUUAGUACUUUAGUUACUGAUUAUGCUGGGCAAGAAUAUAAUUUUUUUUUGAAAGUUGUUUUUUCGCGUUACGUUUCUCAAUUUUCAUAUUUGAAAAGUAAUAUGCAUCCUCAAGAAUCACUUAUUUUCGUUGUCAGUCAAUUGGAGAUUAUCAAUAAUGAGCUUUAUGUCUAUGCUAGGGAUAUCAAUUAUGUUGAUACUCAGUUUAAUAAUAAAAAGAAUGUUAUUUUUGAUCGUGGUGUUCCUCAAGUUUCUUCAGCUUCUAAGAAUUCUGUUCGGUCUAGACUUUUGGUUACUCAUCGUAACGUUGCGGAUAAGCCUAAGUUUAAUUCUGAUCAUAAUGUUGAAUCUUCUGUAAGUUCUGGAGAUUAUGUUGGUGAAGGUGAUUCUAAUUUGGUUAAUAAUUUUCGUUCAUUGAGAUGUGCGAGAGUUGAAGAGUAUGAUGAUUCUGUUGAGGAUUUUAAUAACGAUGGUAGUGAAGUUUGUAAUGAUUUUGGAGAGAAUUUUGAAGGAAAAUUUAAAAAGGAAGUAUCUGUUUCGUCAGGUGAUCACGUAGAUAUUAAUGGUUCGAGUAGUUCAUAUUCAUCAAAGCGGGUACGUGUUGAAGAUUCUGGAGAAUCUAUUGGAAGGUCUUGUAUGGGAGAUUGUGAUGAUUUGUUUGUUUCUGAUCGUGAUGGAGAAGUUAUUUCUUCGGAUAAGAAGGGGAAAGGACAUGCUGAUAGAGUUUUACGUAGUAGUUUUAGGCUGCAUUCUUUUGAUUCAGAUAGUAUUAAUUAUAAAGAGUAG